CUCCAGGUUGCUACGGUAACCUGGGCAAGAGGACAUCACCCCCAAAAACGAUGGGGUGUGUGUCUCCACGUCGACGGGGGGACCGGAGAGUGGUUGUGCCUUCUCCCCCUCAGCAACUAAGGAAAAAUGGAAUUGUAAGAUUUCCUACAGGACUUGAAGGGGGCAGCAACGUGACUCGCUCGCUAGCCAAUGUGGGUGGUGAUUUUUUCAAGACGACCAAUCAGCGACGGUUACGUCUUACGAUGGCGAGUGAGUCAAACGGCCCGCCCUGACGUCGUCCAUUGAAGAAGAAGAGGGACGGUCUCUGUCUACCAUCCACAGGAGAAAUUCAAUCAUGACGGCUAAACUUUGCAAGCUUUUUGUCGGAGGACUGAAUGUGGAGACCACUAAAGAUGGCCUCCGCGCGUAUUUCGAGCAGUACGGGACGCUCAGCGACUGUGUUGUGGUCAUGAACCAGCAGCUCGGACGGUCCCGCUGUUUCGGCUUUAUCACCUACUCGACACCGGAGGAGGCCGAUGCAGCAAUGGCGGCUAAGCCACAUGUCGUCGAAGGCAACAACGUGGAAUUGAAAAGGGCCAUAGCCCAGGAGGACGCGAACAACCCAGACAUCCUCGCCAAUGUCAAGAAAAUUUUCGUCGGCGGCGUGAAAGACCACAUCGAGCCGGACAACCUGACCGAGUACUUCUCCCAGUUCGGCGUGGUGGAGAAGGCCGAGAUCAUCUCUGACAAGCAGACCGGCAGGAAGAGAGGCUUCGGCUUUGUCUUCUUCGAGGACACCGACUCUGCCACCAAAGCGGCGCUGACCAGAUACCAUACCAUUAACGGGAACAAGGUGGAGGUGAAGAAAGCUCUGACCAAGCAGGAGAUGUCCAGCGGCGGCCGAGUAGGCAGGGGCCGAGGGAGAGGGAUGCAAAACUAUGGCGGCGGAAGAGGAGGCGGCGGCUACGGAGGAGGCUACGGCGGCAAUUAUGGAGGUGGCUACGGCUACGGUGGGGGUUACAACGGUGGUGGAGGCUACGGGGGUUACGGUGGCUAUGAAGAAUACGACAACCAGAUGGGGGGUGGCUACAGUAAUGGUGACUUUGGGGACGGCUACGGACAGCAGCACUCCAAUUAUGGUGCAAUGAAGGGGGGCAACUAUUCCUACAGGAGCGGGGCUCCGUACAACAGAGGCGGCGGCGGUGGCGGCUACGGCAGGGGUGGUGGAUACGGCGGUGGUUAUUAGCGGCUCCCUCCAGUUUUGAGAUGUUCAUGGGGAAAAUCCUGAUUACAACGAACUUGAAUUUACACACAAACACACACACACACACACAUUACACAGGCCCAGGUGGGGGUGAGGGGUCUUUUGUUGAGUUCAAUUAAAGGAAGCAGUACCCAUCACCCACACUGAAUGAAUGAGACGGUCCUCUGGAUCCUGGCUCUCCGACCCCCUACCCCCACCCGGACCCCCA